AUGUACAUCACUCUCUACUUCAUAGUCACCCGCCUCCCUGACUCUAUUGGCACUGUCGGGGACCUCCUUCUCGCCAUGGACCCCACGGACCUCACUGUCGACCUGCUCGAAAAGCACCUCCUUGCAUCUGAGACUAGCAUAGUCGCUGUAGUCGCCUCUAUUACAGCUGUUGACUACCUACGUGUUGAGGAUGUAGGAGCUGCGUCUGCCCCUAGUGGGAGGCGCUGCAGCGGCAGGGACAGGGAAGGCAGGGGCGGUGGGGGUGGCAGAAGUGGAGGCGGUGGUGGGGGCGGUGGAGGCGGUGGUGGGGGCGGUGGAGGCGGUGGAGGGGGCGGCGGUGGCGGAGAGAGUGGUGGUGUGGGUAAAGGCAUAGGUGGCGGUAGUGGUGGCGGCAAUGCGGGUGGAGGCGGCGGCAGUGGUGGCGGCCGGGGUGGUACCAGCCAAAGGGGAGGCCUUGGCGGUGGUCAGAGGCAGUAG